AUGGAGGAAGUGGGUGCUGCAGACGGUGUAAUUCACAAUGAAGAUUGCUUCUUUAGCAUCCUGGCCUGUGCGGUUCAAGGAAGAAGAAUCCAGUUGCUUAGGGGCUUACCUGCAACAAGCACUGUUGAAGAAAAUUCUCCAGCUGGUGUUUGCGUUCAUACCUUUAAUGUAACUCUUUCUGCAUUGUCUUCUGAAGGUGUUGCAAUACAUCCUACCAUAGUAAAUUCGAAUCCACUUACAGAAGCAUUUGAUAUUGAAUCCAUGGGAGAUCUUGUAUACAGGGUUGUUACCACUGGAAACCCUGUCCUAGAUUAUGAAACAAUGCCAAAGCGCUUUGAUUUACAGAUUUUUGUUGAAGAUACAACUGGGAGAACUGACCUUAAUACACUGACUGUCCAAGUAGUAGAUAAAAAUGAACCUCCUGUAUUUCAAGGAAAUAUGGCAAUUCAAACUGUAACGAUCUACAUCUUGGAAGGUACACCUCCUGAUCGCAUUUACCAAGUUGAUGCAGCUGAUCCUGAAAAUGGUGGACUCAAAUAUUCCUCACUCCCUGCAUCAGUGCCAUUCCUGGUCUCAGAAAGUGGAACCAUUUUUUCCAAAAAAGAAUUUGAUUAUGAGAAAGAUCCAUAUUGGUACUUUUUAAAUGUAACAGUGACAGAUCCAGAAGGACUCAACUCUACUAAAACAGUGAAUAUAAAUAUAAUUAACAUCAAUGAUGAAAGACCUUACUUUACCAUAAAACAAAGAAUCUACAGGAUUCCAGAGGAACAAAGCCCAGGGACUGUGGUUGCCAAUAUAACAGCUAAAGAUCCUGAUGAUGAAGACUCUGCUAGCAGACUUUUCUACAGCAUCCAGUCUUCUGACACAUAUUUCUCCAUAAAUCCAUCAACUGGAGUGCUGCAGGUGACCAGGAGAAUCGACAGAGAUGUCCUUCCCCUGCAGCUCCACCCUAACAUCUCAGUGAUAGUGCGGGUGGAGGACAGUCCCAGUGGUGGCCACGCCAGUGAAAUGGAGAUCAUCAUCACUAUUGAAGAUAUCAACGACAACCCACCAGAAUGCAUUCCAUCUACCUUCAGGAAAGAGAUAAAUGAAAAUACGACUGCUGGAACAUUUCUUCUUGAUCUCCAAAAUUACUGUAAAGAUGUUGAUGCUGAUGUACCAAACAAUCUAUUUAAUUUCACCAGAUUAUCUGGUUUUGGAAGCAAUAACUUUGCUCUGGAGUCUACUGGGUCCGGAAGACUUGUGAACCCCCACCAGUUGCUGGACAAGUGCGGUGGUGGUUGUUUUGUUGUUAAAAGAACCACAGACAAAUACAGAAAAAAGGAGGCAUCACAAAAAAUAAUGACUGGAAGUAUUGAUUUAGAAAACCCAGCUAAUCUAGGAGUUGAAGUUUAUUCUUUGACUGUCAGAGUGCGAGAUAUUGCCUCUCCUAACUAUUCAAACAUCAUUUACAUUUACAUCAGGAUAAAGCCAGUGAAUGAUUUUUUUCCAGUCUUCGAUAGUUUAUCAUAUGAAUUUAAUGUUCGAGAAACUACUAAAGUUGGAUCCAGAAUUGGAAAAGUGCAUGCCAGAGAUGCAGACUGGCCGCCCAGUGUCAUCACUUAUUCCAUUGUAGCUGGAGGAGGCACCAGGGAUUACACAAAUGUAUUCUGGAUCAGCCCAACUAAUGGAGACGUGAAGAUUUUGGCUAGAUUAGACUAUGAAACAACUCAGAAACACCUUUUCACAGUGCAGGCCUCAGACCAAGAGAAGACUGCAACAGCAUCUGUAACUGUGAACGUUUUAGACGUAAAUGAUGAAGAACCAGUUUGUUCACCCAAUUUCUAUUCAUCUCAAAUCCCAGUCAGUUUAGCAGCUGGGACCAAUGUAAAUGGCUUCAGGAUUCAAUGUCAAGAUCGCGAUUCUGAUCCCAGGUCUUUCCGUUACUUCAUUAAAGAAGGCAAUGUGAACAAUCAUUUCACCUUUUCACCAAGUGCUGGCUCCAACACAUCUCGGCUGAUUCUUGCAUCUAGGUUUAACUAUGAGAGCGGACUUGAUAAAAGCUGGAUUUACAAGCUGCGCGUCUGUAUAACAGAUGACAAUUUACUGUCUGCCAGGGACAAAGCUGCACACCUAGUUAAAACUGGUACAGUGUCUUUAAGCAUCAGGGUUAUCCCAAACCCAACAACUGCCAUUACCACCACGCCUGGCUUUACUCUGGUGACGAAGAAGGAAAAUCUCUACUCUGACUCGGCGUGGUACGUGCCCUUCAUCAUCACCCUCGGCGGUCUGCUGCUUCUGGGACUGCUGGGGUACCUGGGGCUCCUGCUGGCCACGUGGCUCCGCACCUGCUGCCCUCCGGCGCACAAAGCAGACGGCGCUCCUCUGAUAAAUGAUCCAGGAAAGAAGAAACCUAAGAAAGAAGUGGUUUUGAAAAUGACAAGGCUAAACACUGUCUUUGAUGGAGAAGCCAGAGACCCAGUCACCGGCAAAAUCUACGAAUUCAAUACGUGGUCGGGGGCCCGGAGGUGGAAGAAGGGCAAUGAGCCCCUUCAGCCCACUCCGGCCAUGCAGGUAACAUCAAGUGCCGCAGACAACGGUGGCCAUGACACAGGCAGAGCAGAGGCACCAAGCAAAAAAGAGACUUCAGAGAAGAGGAAAGAGCCAACCGCAGAGACAAAGAGGAAAGAACCAACCACAGCUGCCAAGCCCUCAGCAGGGCCAUCACAAACACCAGGCCAGGAUGGGGUGAAAGUACAAAAGCAGAAAUAG